AUUUUAGCGCGGAGCUUCUUUUCCUUCCAUGUAAAAUCUUUAACCAGUCAGGGCAAUUUUUGCAGUGGUGAAAAGACGCAGGUGUUGUUGUUGCAAGCUGUGCGAGCUAGCAUGUAGUGAGUCUGUAGGUUUUUUUUUCUGUAUUUGCAAUAUGAAGAAUGGAAGAAGACGAUGUUACUAUCAGAGAGCAGAAUUUCCACAGCCAAGUCCGGGAGUACAUCAUUUGCUUCCUCCUGUUUGCAGUCCUCUACAUUGUCUCCUACUGCAUCAUAACCAGAUACAAGAGGAAGAGUGAUGACCACGAGGACGAAGAUGCUGUUGUCAACAGAAUAUCAUUAUACUUGUGCACCUUCACCCUGGCAGUGUCCGGUGGUGCCGUCUUCCUACUACCUUUCUCAAUCAUUAGUAACGAGAUCCUCCUCUCCUUUCCCAAAAAUUAUUACAUUCAGUGGCUCAAUGGCUCCCUCAUUCAUGGUCUGUGGAACCUGGUGUCACUGUUCUCCAACCUUUGCCUCUUUGUCCUGAUGCCCUUUGCCUAUUUCUUCUUGGAGUCUGAGGGGUUUGCGGGAUCGAAAAAGGGCAUUAGGGCGCGUAUUCUAGAGAGUUUUGUGAUGCUCUUCCUGCUGGCUUUGCUCAUCUUGGGCAUUGUGUGGGUGGCAUCAGCGCUUAUUGACAACGAUGCAGCCAGUAUGGAGUCACUCUACGAUCUUUGGGAAUUUUACCUACCAUACCUCUACUCCUGUAUAUCUCUAAUGGGAGGACUGCUUUUACUUAUGUGCACUCCUGUGGGAUUGUCCAGGAUGUUCACGGUCAUGGGCCAGUUACUAGUGAAGCCAACAAUCCUGGAGGACCUGGAUGAGCAGAUUUACUGCAUCCAUUUGCAGGAGGAAGCCCUUCAGAGGAGAUUAAACGGAUCGUCCACACACACAUAUACUCAAGGAAGCCUUGCUCACCAGCUCAACAAAGAACUGGACAAUAUUAGAAAUCAGAGGAAUAAAUUGGAGAGAAGAAAGAAGGCAUCAGGUUGGGAGAAGAACUUGUUGUAUCCCAUAGUGAUGCUGAUCCUGCUCGCAGGAACGACAAUCUCAGUUCUAAUGGUGGCAUUGAAUAUCCUCUACCUUCUAGUGGAUGAGACUGCCAUGCCCAAAGGAUCCACGGACAGGGGCAUCAAGAACACCUCUCUGUCCACAUUUGGCGUGGCUCAGGCAGCGCUAGAGAUCAUCCUCAUGUUCUACUUGAUGGUGUCCUCUGUCGUUGGCUUCUACAGCCUACGAGUCUUUGAGGUACUCACUCCCAGGAAGGAUGACACAACCAUGACAACGAUCAUUGGUAGCUGUGUGUCCAUCUUGGUCCUGAGUUCAGCCCUGCCAGUGAUGUCCAGAACUCUUGGUAUCACCAGGUUUGAUCUCUUGGGAGACUUUGGGAGAUUCAAUUGGCUGGGAAACAUUUACAUUGUUAUUUCAUACAACCUGCUAUUUGCGGUCGUGACGACACUCUGUCUUGUGAGAAAAUUCACCUCAGCUGUACGAGAAGAGCUUCUAAAGGCCUUAGGUCUGGAUAAAUUGCAACUGUCAAACAGCCCCACAGACCCUGAAUCUGGGAAGCUCUCGGCCAACGGGCAUCAGAAAACUCUGUGAAAGGGACGAUAGAUCAACACACACACACGCACCCCUACACACCUUAGCACAGCCAAAGGGAGAUUUCGACAGUACUGCCUGACUGCUGAAAGGUGAAAGGGAUUGGAAGGAACUUAAUAAACCCAGGCAGUGUCUGACGGAUGCUGCAAAUGGAGGCUGAGAGCAAUUUAGCUUCGUGACAUUCCAUCCUCUGCGUCUCCGAUGGAAGCUGGGGCAGAGCCAAGGAUGAGACUGAGGAGUGAAAUAGACUGGCAUCACUGCAGUGACCUUGAUGUUGACCUCAACCGUGACUGUGACUUUAAACCACCCAUCUCUUGCUUCAGGGGCACUCCCCAGCAUCGCUACCUGUUUUUCUUCCACAAACUCCUUACCACUGCACUAGACAAAAGCAAGAGGGUAUAGCAGGUGAAACAAUGCACCUUGUGUCUUAUAUCUAAGUAAAAGGCAAUGGGUUAUUUUCCAUCACCCAGCUCCUCCUCUGUACUGUACAGAUCUGUACUAAAUAGACCCCCACAAUUCAGUUAGACUUAUUUUUUUAAAUGUCAGUACAUCCACAGUUAUCAGUGUCGGUGAUAAAUGGAGCAUUUGCAGUGUAUGGUCUGUAAUCAUUGCUCUUUGAUUGAUAUGUGAAUGACAUAAAGGUGUCGAUGUGUCAUUUUUUUUUAUUUGUAUAAGCUCGAAAUGUGAAAACAACAAAAAGGUGCUUUGUGAAGCAUGAAAGGCGUCAUUUAUUCAAAACUCAUCACAGCUAGUACAUUAAACGGCAAUACAGUUCACAUAUGCAUUAGCGCUGUCAUUACCUAUAGGAUUUUAGCACUCGUGCUGUCAUUUGUCUUUUUAUUUUGCUUUACUCAAGUGCGCUUCAACUUUAUUGAUGAUGUCAUUAGUUUGUCUGAAGUAGGGUAAAAACUUAUUUUAGGUGCUCUAGAUUAGACUUCAGCUACAAAUGGGAAACUACAUGGGAGUUCCACUGAGCAGAAGGCUGUAGUUUUAGAGCUGAUCCUGUGGUUGUAUUUCCUAAAAUAUUAUGCACAUGAUAAGAAAAUGUCAUCACAUUUUUGCUCAUCCCCCCAAAAUGUCUAUUAUAAAUUCACAGGGCACAGAAAAAUGUGUCCAUUUUUGUAAAUGUUGUAUUUACAUGUACAUUAUAUUGUUUCAUACCUCUUUUUCAUUAUUUGUAUGUAAAUAUUGAGCUCUCAUUGAGCCCACUGAGGGUCUGACUCACUAAGCAAUCUGUAUUUUAUUGUACAUAUUUUUUUUUAUAAACACCAAAAUCCAAUGCAAACCUGUAACAGUCUUCACGUACAGAAUGCAUAAGUGAAAAAUUUGCAACUUUGCAGUCGAUAGCAGGAUUUGGUGACUCAGGCCCCAUUUACAUGUUGUAUUGCUGCAUAAUCUUCUGAACUGUGAUGUUCUUUGUCUCCAGAACCACCUUAAAUGCCUUAAACGACAAGCGUCUCGCAGGCUUAAUCUUAAGGUUGUUUCUUGUUCUGUGUUUAUGUACAUGUACACAUGUGUACAUUGUCUUCGGACAGUUCCACUGUGAUCCUGUGUACGAGUUUCUAGUCGAAAGCUAGCUGGAUAUAACAUACGCGUUGCUUUUUGCCAUGAAUGUUGUCACAGUAGCUCUUUUCUAGUGACAGGCUCCAUUUUGAGAUUCAUUCAUUACCCAUAAAACUUGAGCACUUGCUAAGAUAGGGUUGACUGAUUGAAUUAUGUUUUUUAUGGUAUAAUAGGUGGCAUGUGUUUUCAUGGUGACUACAUGAUGAUAAAUGAAAAAGGACAUUUUAAUUUAUAUAUGCUUUUGAAACAUUUUAUUUCUUUGGACAGGAUGUUUUACAUCAAAGAUGCCUGUCAUUGGUUGUUGCUACAUUACAAAGACUGGAUCUGAAGAAAAUUUUGCAACUCUCAAUCACAAAACUCAUGCUGAAGCCAUCUUCUCAAAUGAGCAAAUCGGACCAGAGAAUGUUUUGUAAAGAGUGAUUUAUACAUAUACAUUUUUUUUAUUUUACCUUUAUUUUACCAGGAAAGAAAUCCAUUGAGAUUUUUAAUCUCUUUUACAAGGAUGUCCUGAGAUGAGAGAUAUACAUACGACUCUUACCAUCCCAAACCACAUUCAGAUUUUGAAAAAUGUAUUUUCAAGAGUGCAGGCUUACCCAAAUUAUACUGGAAGAUACAUUUGGUCGAGUUUCUGGCCUGUUGGGUGCCAUUUCAGUUGUUUAGUGCGUAUCUACAGCCAUGUUAUUGACCGUGCUGAUCAUUGAAUACUGUGAAAAAUCAAGAUGGCCCAAAGUACUGUGGCAAAGCAAAUAGGAUGACACUGUAAUUUGGCAAAAGAAAAUUGUAGCUGUUGGAUGAAUUAGUGGAAGUAAAAAGAAAUUUAUGACUUUCUGGGUGAACUACAUUAACUCAAAUGGCUUGAGGUGAAUAUUUGUCAUAGCAUAUGUCCACUCAGCUCGGCUCUGGGAUGUGUCAUACCCCUAAUAAAACAUCAAAAUCCUACUCUUUGCAGUAGCUUCCGAGGUAAGAACUGAAAGGGCCAUUUUCUAUUCAAGCAAGCUUUCUGGUGGCCUUUACAGUACAUCUGUGUUGUGUGGGGGUUUCAAAAGUGUAAAUGAAGCAGCUUUCUGUCUGUAUGUCAGUUUGUCUCUGCAUGUAAUUCUUGGUAAGUUGUUUAUAAAUUGGGUUUUUUUUUUGUACAAUUUCUCAGUUUGCUAAAUGUUCUGUUAUUUUUGAUGUUUGUGUGUUUUGCAAAUAAAAGUAGAAAAAUGCUUUGUUGA